CAUGUGACCAGGGCGCAUCCUCUCUGCGACUCUCGUUUAUAGAGCUUCAACGCCGUGUGAGCCCACCCUGCGCAGAAAUAUUCCAUCAGAUGAAGAGGAGAGUUUUCCUUUUUCCUCAUCCACGUUGACUUGUUGCCACGUCGUUGUCAGUUUUUGAAUUGACCGAAUCUUCUCUUCGUUCAAAGACUUCUAAAUUGGCCCUCGCUUUAACUGCUUCCUUAUUCUGUUUGUGCUGUGUAAUCUCACAUUGAGUUAGUUUAGAGCUCGUCAGCCAUUUUGAGGAUUGCCAUGUCCCAGAAGAUUCCAUCUGAUAGCUCUCAGAAAGGCUUUGCUGUGGGACGCGGGCUUCUGGCUGCUGCUGAGACCCUCAACUUCAGCAUGAAUGAACAGCGUUCAGACAGUCUCCAUCAUGGCUCAACCGCCAGACAGUUGCACGGCAUGUCCUCGGGUAUGGGUGGUGGUGAGUGUGACCCGCAGCUGUCCCGUCGUGGUGGCGGCAGCAGUCACAUUGGCAACUCCAUAAAGCUGUUUUCCAGCUUGGGCCUGUCGCCCGCUGACCUGGACGUGCUGGCACAGAUCCCAGAAGACAACAUUAGUGUGGAGACCUUGCCUCACCUUAUAAUGCAGCUUAAGAACCGGAAGGUGGAUUCUGACAGACGCAUGGCAGGCAACUCUAGAGGGGACCUGUCCGGGCUCUCCUCUGAGCCCUCAUACAGAGCCAGCAGAGACGACUGGGAUGACAUGCGUGUUGGCAAACUGGGUGGUUCCAUGGGGCAAGCUUCGGCCCACGCUCAGCAAGGAGACUUGGGCUACAAUUCCAUCCAAGACACUUCAGCUGGAAGGUACGAACUCGACUAUGGCCACGGCAGUGGCGGAAGAGAUCCAGGGUGGUAUUCAGAUCUUUCCCGUGAUGGAUUACGCCAUACAGAAAACCAGCGGCUCCUCUUGCAAAUGUACCCAGAAUGGGAUCCACACAUGGCCACAAGCAGAAGCGGUGGGUCUCAUCUACUGGAGACCACCAAUCAAUCAGCCGGUCUUCUGGGACCAAUCCCCAUGGCUGAAAGGCAGCAGGCUGGAGGAGGGCGCAUGAGCUCCGGUUGGGGUGGUGGUGCUGGAUCUAAUGUUGGAUCAGGCAAGCCACAUCAACACUCUAUGGCACUUAAACAGAUCAGAAGCAAAGUCGUGGUGGCCAAAUAUGACAGGAGUCCUCUGUCUAACAAAGCCCUGUUCGCCCUGGUUGAACCUUUUGGAACUCUCUGUGAACACCUGGUACUGAAGAACAAGGCCUUUUUAGAAAUGGAGACUCAUAAGGAAGCUAGGGAUGUGGUGAGCUACUACCAGCAGAACCCAGCGCUGUUGCAUGGGAAACAAAUCACUUGUUAUCUGUCCAAGGAACUCAUGGUGAUUCAGGAGGAGGGCAGCAUGGAACAGGACUUCCCAGAGAACAUGGAUGACUUUGUGACUCUGGAUGAGCUGGCAGAGGACGAGGACUUGGAGAGACAGGACUCCUCAUCCAAAGUAAAGUACUCCUCUUCAGGAAGCUCUAAGAAAAUUGGGGGAUUGAGAGUGGUCAACGUUGUGGGAUUUAAACGAGCCUAUGGUUUUCUGAACAAGAUCUUGGCCCUGGCCAAACCCUUCGGUACUGUAGUUCAGCACCUGGUGCUUGACGUGAGACCUGAGGCCUUUCUGCAACUCAAUUCGGAAGAAGAGGCCAAAGCAAUGGUCAAUUUCUACAGUGGGAAUGUAACACCGACUGUGUGUGGGAAGUCUGUGAAAAUCUACCAUUCACAGACAUACGCUACCAUUCAGAGUGGGAGAGUGGUAUACGUGGGUCAGAUUCCCCACUUCAAAUCCUCAGAUGCCUCUCUUCUGAAAAUUGCUGAACCGUUCGGCAAAGUGAGACGCUAUUUCCUGAACAGAUCUCGCAAUGAGUGUUUCAUUGAGAUGGAACGUGGAGAGGACGCUGAGAGAAUGUCUGAGACCUACAAGGACACGCCCCCUAAAUUCGAAGGCAAGCGGCUAACGGUGUACGUGAACAGGAAGUUCAAACAGCUCAAAUACGGACACCGACCACCUGCCCCUGACUCUGAGGAGAAGAAGAGGUCGUCGAAGAGGGAGCGAUCAGGCAGUGAAACGAGCUCCCACAGGAGCUCCGCAGCCAAAAGCUCAGCCAAACAGGAUGAAGAACCUCCAGUCAAGAAGUCCAGAGAGGAGAUGGUGGAGACGCCCACUGAGCAGAGUGAGGUAGAGGUUAGGAAGGAGGAGGAGGUACAGGGAGAGCACGAGCACGGUCAACCCUCUGAGACCUCAGCUGUACACAAGAUUGACACUGACAUGAACAUCAAAAUGGAGGAAAACGAGACGGCCAUUUCCAUAGUGAGUGUGAGGAGCGUUGAGGAGAAUGGAGAGACUGCCAGCACACCAUCCCAGGCUGAGGGGAAGCUUUCAUCAACCAGCCCGGUUCCUCUGGGGCCUUAUGAGUCUAACAACCCAGUGGGUGUUGAAUAUGUGAAGAUGGGGUACUACUGUAGAGUCUGUUUCCUGUUCUAUUCCAAUGAGGAGACGGCCAAGAAGGUUCACUGUAGCAGUCAAUCUCACUACCAAAAACUCAAGAAACAUCUGGAAAAGGAGAAGGCCAAAGCUCAAAGUACCACAGGGACGAAGACUCCUGUUUAGGAAUGAUGACAAGUGUUGGAAAUGUUUACGCUUGGAUAGAGUUCGUUUGUAACGCAAGAGUGGAUGUUUCAGCUAUUUUUUUUUUUUUUGUCUUUUCUUUUUUUAAAGCUUUCAUGUUUAGUCAUACAGUCUUGUAACUCUUUAUUUUAACCAAUGUACUGUACCAGGAGGAACCAACCAUAAAUGGGUCUGGAGAAUGUAGGGAGUUUUGUAUGCCUGGUUUUGUUUUUAAUAUUUUCUGAUAACUCGUCUUGCUAAAUUUGUUAAGUGCAAGACACAUUUUUGAUUUGUGUUGAAGUCAUAGGACGACAUCCCUCUCAGAUGCUGGUCUUUUGAUUGGUUCCCCGACUGUUGUGAUGCAGAGACAAGAAAUAACGUAAACCAAUUAUAUUAGGGCAAGUGUCUAAAGAAAGGAGUUUGGUUGAUCAUUUUUAAUAAAUGCCUCCCAUGCAGAUGUUCAGAUAAUUGCAUUGCUUGGAUGUAUAAUGAACAAAAAUAUAAAUUCAACAUGUAAUGUGUUCCCACGUUUCAUGAGUUGAAAUAAAAGAUCCCAGAAAAGUU